AAGGGACGCGCAGGGGGGAAAUGGCGGCGGCGACCGCAGCGGCCUCGCAGAGCACCCCCGGCAAAAUGGAGCCCCCGGCGGCCCCCGCGGCCUCCGCGGCGCCUCCGCCCGCGCCCAACGGGGCGACCGGCGCGGGGGGGCCGCCCCCCAAGAGCGAAGGGGAGAGACCAGCCCAGAACGAGAAGAGGAAGGAGAAGGGCGUGAAGAGGGGCGGGAACCGCUUCGAGCCCUACGCCAACCCCGCCAGGAGGUACCGAGCCUUCAUCACCAACAUCCCCUUCGACGUCAAGUGGCAGUCCCUGAAGGACCUGGUCAAAGAGAAAGUUGGUGAGGUAACAUACGUGGAGCUCUUAAUGGACGCUGAAGGAAAGUCAAGGGGAUGCGCGGUGGUGGAGUUCAAGAUGGAGGAGAGCAUGAAGAAGGCGGCCGAGGUCCUCAACAAGCACAGCCUCGGAGGGAGACCCCUCAAAGUGAAAGAGGAUCCCGACGGGGAGCACGCCAGGAGGGCGAUGCAGAAGGUGAUGGCAGCAGCUGGAGGGAUGGGAAUCGGGCCCGGCCCCGGCGGCCCCGGCAUGAUCAACAUCCCCCCCAGCAUCCUGAACAACCCCAACAUUCCCAACGAGAUCAUCCACGCCCUGCAGGCAGGGAGAUUGGGAAGCACCGUCUUCGUGGCCAAUCUGGAUUACAAGGUUGGCUGGAAGAAGCUGAAGGAGGUGUUCAGCAUGGCCGGGGUGGUGGUCCGGGCUGACAUCCUGGAGGACAAGGAUGGGAAGAGCCGCGGGAUCGGCACCGUCACCUUCGAACAGGCCAUCGAGGCCGUGCAGGCCAUCUCAAUGUUCAAUGGGCAGCUGCUCUUUGACAGACCCAUGCACGUCAAAAUGGACGAACGAGCCUUUCCCAAAGGAGAUUUCUUCCCUCCGGAGAGACCCCAACAACUCCCUCAUGGUCUUGGUGGUAUUGGCAUGGGAUUAGGACCUGGAGGUCAACCUAUUGAUGCAAAUCAUUUAAACAAAGGCAUGGGAAUGGGCAACAUGGGACCUGGAGGCAUGGGAAUGGAAGGCAUGGGCUUUGGAAUGAAUAAAAUGGGAGGAAUGGAAGGUCCCUUCGGUGCCAUGGAAAACAUCGGGCGCUUCCCAGCUGGGAUGAACAUGGGCAGGAUGGCUGAGAUGGAUCGUGCCAUGGGGGGAGGAUUUGAAAGAGAGUUUGGAAGAAAUGAAAUGGGAAUGUCCCGAAGUUUUGGAGAGACCUUGGAGAGAGGGAUAGGUGGUGGAAACGCCAGCAUUCCUGGGAUUGAGAGGAUGGCACCUGGCAUUGAUCGUAUGGGCUCGGGAAUAGAGAGGAUUCCUGCUGGGAUGGGGCACGGGAUGGAGAGAGUGGGCUCAGAGAUAGACAGGAUGGGGCUGGUGCUGGACCGGAUGGGCUCCAACGUGGAGCGGAUGGGCUCGGGAAUCGACCGCAUGGCCCCGCUGGGCAUCGACCACAUCGCCCCCAACAUGGAGAGGAUGGGCCCGGCCAUGGAGCGGAUGGGCUCCGGGAUAGAGCGGAUGGGCUCCGGGAUAGGCUUCGGCAUCGACCGCAUGGGCGCCGCCAUCGACCGCGUGGGCGGCGCCAUGGACAGGAUGGGCGCGGGCGUGGAGCGCAUGGGCUCGGGCAUGGAGAGGAUGGGCCUGGGCCUGGAGCGCAUGGUGCCCGCCGGCAUGGGAGCGGGCAUGGGGCAGGUCCUGGAGAGGAUGCCCGCGGGGCUGGAGCGCAUCGGGGCCCCCCCCAUGGAGCGGAUCGGCAUCGAGCGCAUGGGAGCCGCCGGCAUGGAGAGGAUGGGCCUGGAGCGCAUCGGAGCCACCAACAUGGAGAGGAUGGGCCCACCCAUGGGGCAGGGCAUGGGAGCGGGCAUCGAGCGCAUGGGACUGGCCAUGGGCAGCAACUUCGAGAGGCCCAUGGACAUGGAGCGAGGAAACUUCGCCGGCAACUUCGCCGGUCCCCUGGGAGGAACCGGAGGCCCCGCGGCGGGGGUGGCCCGGAAAGCCUGUCAGAUCUUCGUGAGAAACCUGCCUUUUGAUUUUACAUGGAAAAUGCUGAAAGAUAAAUUCAAUGAAUGUGGGCACGUGCUCUACGCCGACAUCAAGAUGGAGAACGGCAAGUCCAAGGGCUGUGGGGUGGUGAGGUUCGAGUCUCCCGAGGUGGCGGAGCGCGCGUGCCGGAUGAUGAACGGGAUCCAGCUGCGCGGCCGCGAGAUCGACGUGCGGAUCGACCGCAACGCCUGAGCCCCUCCCCCACCCCCU